UCAAUGAACUCUUCUAAACGCGCAGGGCAAUCGAAGUUGGGACAGAAUACGUUGUCAUCCCAAAUUGGCUUAGUUUAUAUCCCCCUGGCAACUAAAAAGUAGCCCUAACAUACAGGGGAGCUAAAUUCUAACAUUAACUCUAUGUAGUAUAGACUCAAAUUUGUAACUUUGUCAAGCUAGCCUUUGGAUACACAUAAAUCAAACAUAACUGGACAAAAUACAGUUGUGGGCCGAGGAAAUUAAAAACUGAGGAUGAUUUUUGCGAAUACAGCCAAUCCCAUAAGGACGUCAUAUCGAAAGCAGUUUCCCGUCGCCCCGUCCUCACACCCAAUGGCACCAACCAGUCCCAGCACCAAUGGCAGCAACAACAACAGCAGCAGCAGCAGCACUGCAGGCUGGGAACAGCUCAGCAAGACCAAUCUCUACAUCCGAGGGCUGCCCCCAGCAACCACCGACCACGACCUGGUCAAGCUCUGUCAACCGUAUGGCAAAAUCGUAUCGACAAAAGCUAUCCUGGAUAAGACGACAAACAAAUGCAAAGGUUACGGCUUCGUGGACUUUGACAGCCCAGCUGCCGCGCAGAAAGCCGUCACGGCCCUGAAGACCAGCGGGGUCCAAGCCCAGAUGGCUAAGCAACAAGAGCAGGACCCCACAAAUCUGUACAUUUCCAACUUGCCACCCUCCAUGGAUGAGCAGGAGCUGGAGAACAUGCUGAAGCCCUUUGGACAGGUCAUCUCCACACGCAUACUGAGGGACUCCGCCGGGGCCAGCCGAGGCGUGGGCUUCGCCAGGAUGGAAUCCACGGAGAAAUGCGAUGCGGUGAUUUCCCACUUCAACGGAAAAUAUAUUAAGACACCGCCAGGAGUUCUGCCUCCAUCGGAACCCCUGCUGUGUAAGUUCGCCGACGGCGGGCAGAAGAAGAGGCAGAGUCAGAACAAGUACAUGCAGAACGGCCGAGUGUGGACCCGGGACGGGGAGGUGAGACUCGCAGGGAUGACUCUCACGUACGAUCCCACCACGGCUGCCAUGCAAAACAGCUUUUACCCCUCACACUACAGCAUUGCCAACAGGAUGAUCGCUCAGACGUCCAUGCAGCCAUACAUUUCGCCUGUCUCCACGUAUCAGGUACAGAAUCCAUCCUGGGUUACCCACCAGCCCUACAUCAUGCAGCACCCGGGAGCGGUGUUGUCGCCCUCUAUGGACCACACCAUGUCACUGCAGCACACGUCCAUGAUGUCUCCCCUCACGCAGCAAAUGAGUCACCUCUCGCUGGGCACCACGGGAACGUUUAUGCCUGCCAAUACAGCUAUGCAAGGAGCCUAUAUUCCUCAGUAUGCCCACAUGCAGACUGCAGCUCUCCCAGUAGAGGAAAGCGGCGGACAACAGCCGGUGGAAUCUUCUGGCGAUCAUUCUCCUUAUAACUACCCACAAACCAAGUAAUAACAAGGUAGUGCUGGGACAGCUGAAACCAUCAUGGCUGCCUUCAUUAUGCCACACCGUAUGGAUUUAUCAACAUUUUGCACAGGUUCUUGUCGAUAAUAGAUUCAACCAAAACUAUUUUGGUAUAACUUCUACGAGGUGCAAAUAAAUGCAGAAUUUUGUCAAAAGGAUAUUACUCAUCUUUAAAAAAGGAGAACUUUUUUUUAAAAUAAGGAAAGACCGUUUAAUUUUUUUUAUCAAGGAUUGUCACAAGGACACAAGAACAAGGAUUGUGUUGUGUGAUGUAUAAUGCUCAUGACAGUAAAGUUGUCUUUUGUUAAUGUUUUAUAUGAUUUUAAUUAUUUUUUCUACUUUUGCUUUGUACUUUCCCCCCAUGAAGUUUAUUAGCCAGACAUGUUGAAAAAUUAUAUUUUGUGCUUGCUGUGUGAGUGUUAUUGUGUUACUCUGGUGAAGUGCUACCUGUCAAUUCUUGUAAAAUGUUUGUCUUUAGUAUAGAUCUGUCUUACCAUUCAAUUUGCCUUAAAUCUUUUCACACAGUGGCUGUUUAGGCAACCUUUAAGUCUAGGUGGAGCAAAAAAUGUUGAAAAUAAAUGCCUUGUAAAUCAGCUAGUUAGGGCUUUUUAGGAUAUAGCUAAUUAAAAUGAUCUGUGUCUAGGAGUUUAGAGUUUUGUUUAGGAGUUUUGAUUGUUUUCCCCCUUUCUGAUCUUUUUAGAUGUAGAACUUAAAACUAAAGUAGAGAACAUGUUUUGAGUACACUUCUUCCUGAAUUUGAUCAAUUUUAAUAGGAUGUAAUGGUUUUUUAACCUGAUUAUCUGAGUUCGUCUGAUUGUGUGAGUGUAGUAGAAAUUCUGCUGAAUGAUGACUUUUUAAUUGUUGCCUUUUAGCUAACUUUUUCAGCUAACUAAAUGCAGUAGUUUUAGUGAAGGAUGAAUUUAUUUGGAUGGGGGAGGGUUAGGAAGGGACAGGUGGGUUUGGAGGGAGUGCAAACUGCUAGGAAUUGGCAGGAAUUUAUUUUUUAAGGAUUUUGGAUUUUUGUUUUUCAGUCAUAAUACAGCAAACAAGCUCAGAUUUAUGAUUGUGCAAAAACUAGCAAUCAAAACUUGCCUUCCAUGACAGCUGUGGCAAAAUAAGAGAGUAUUAACAAAACCUGAGAGGUGAAAACAACUUUAAAUGAAACUAGCUAUUUCGUAAGAAAAAAAAAACCUUGGCACUUUCAAAAAAAAAAAAAAAAAAAAAAAAAAAAAAGUUUACUUCACCAAAGAUCUGAUGAGCUAGUACAUUUUGGAAAUUGUUUAACAUUUCUCUCUCUCUUGCAGUAUGUGUAACAAAUGUGUUUUUUUUCCGUUUUUUUUUUUGCCAGACGAGAGUGUGGUUUGGAUAAUGUGCCUUUUUUGUAUGUUUGCAUUCAGUUUUUUUUUUCUAGACCUAACACCUAAUAACAUAUGAAUUUAUUAAUGUAUUGAUACCAACAAGUGUGAAGGAAGAUCUGGAUCUUGCGAGUGUUACACCGGCUGAUUUCAUCACUACAAAGAAGAAGACAUGCAAUAAGAGAAAGAAACCAGGAAAUAAGGCAGUUUGAAACUAUGAAAUGAUUUAACCCUGUAAUCUGCUUUUCCAUUGUAUCGCAGAUAGAUAUUAUAAUGAGAGCUUUAUUCUUUUUAAUCACAAUAGAUAGAAAGGCUUUAUAAAUUAAGUUGUCUUCCAAAAGACUGUGUUUUGACCUGGUUGUCGGACUGACCAGUUAUCUACCUCAGAGUUUUCUUUUUCCUUUAAGUUGGGCCGGGUUUGCGGGUCCAGCCCGCCCUUCCUGACCAAAAGCCAAGCUCAGGAGCUGGCAAUAUACAGUUAUUUUCACUUUAUUUUUUAUUUUUUUUAAAGAGAAAAAUACAUCUUUUUAUGACAUCAGAUAUUAUCAUUAUUACAAACAUUGUGCGUUGAGCGUAUUUUAUCUGUGUCCACACAUUAAGUUUCAUAGUUUCAAAAGAGGAAAAAGAAAUUGCUGCUGUGGGGUCACAAGACUAGCCGAUGAAGUCCUUCAGAAAACGGAGUAUGAAUUUGAGUAUUGUGGUGUUUAAUGGAUCUGUGCUCCUGAGGACUGGGUCCAGCAGUAAUGCGGUGGAAGCUUCUUCCUGCACAGUUUCCACUGUGACCGUACUUGGGAUUUCUUUAUCCAGUUUGUCUAAGACUGAAACAUAGUACAGUACUAUGGAACACAUAGAGGUUGUGCUGUUUGUGACAUCUGAACAAAGUGCCAUACUCCACCUGGAUCGAGAGUUGUUAAAAGUACAGAAUACCGAAAAUGAACGCUCAUUGGAAUCCACCAUCAUGUACUAGACAUUGAAUAAGUUAUAUUAAAAAAGUAAUUUAUGGAGAAAGACCUUUUGUACAGACUGUUUAAAGAAAUUAAUAAAAGAAAAAGAGUUUCUUAGUGAUAUCUAAAAUGAUUGCUAGAUUAAAUGUCUUUUAAUUUAGUUUUACAGUGCCACCGAUUUGCCAGUGGUAACUUGUAUGUCCAUUUACAGGAAACCUUCCUCUGUAUUUUUGUCUUUUUCUAUGUUUUUUUCAUUUUUUAAGUAAAAUAUAAAUAAAAUCUAUUUGGCACCGAAUGUGGAGCUGAGCAGGUCAAAUUCCCGCUAUAAUUUGGAACACCCAACCGUCUGCAACCGCAGCUGGGUUCACGUGCGAACAGCACUGCCGAGUGUAGGCGACCACAGUUCUCAGAUGAAGUGCGUGGUGUCGCUAUUCUGCUUCUUUUCUUUUCACACCGCAGACUACAGUUAAGCUCAUGUAGAGUGGUGUCUGAGGAAGAUCUUCAUAUGCGGCUUUAAAAUGCAGUCCAUGGGUACCUGACGACCAAUGGAGGUCGCUAAUUAGCGAACCCUCCCAUACCCUGGGGAAUGCGUUUUGGAAUUGCGCAUCACUACACGGAGCUGUCGGCCACAGUCCGAAUUCGAACCUAGACCGCGGAGCUUAUCCACACACAACGGCGUGGUGCCUUAACCGAACGAGCCACAAAGUAGCUCUCCUCUGUUAAAUCCCUAUUUUUUUUUACUGUAAAUUUUCCAUUGGUUGUUACUUCACUUUUGUUUUCUGUUAAUUUCUUGGAAAAAAAAACUUUUGAAUAAAAAUGUCAAUCAGA